AUGUCCUAUAACCAAAUUAAUACCACUACAACUCCUGGAUUACCUUUAAAUAUUUCUUUACAUAAUGAGCUACAUAAUAUAACUAAUAAUAAAUAUAAAUCUAUAAAUCCGUAUAAAUUUUUAUUUUUUAUUUUUGUUGUAAUUUACCUUAUUGUAAAAUUAUUUUCUUGUAGAUUAUUUCGAUGUGUACAUCGCAGACAACGCAGGGAUAAUAAUUAUGAUUUAAUAUCUAUAGAUUCUGGCUAUUUCGAAAAUUUUCACGAAGAUGGACAAGAAGAAAAUGUAGAUUAA